AUGCCCCUAGCUGUCCUUGCCGGACACCCCACGCUUGUUUCGGUCAAGGGCAUCGUGUUUGAUGUAUCCGACGACGAGGCCUAUAACCACGAAGGGGCACUCGCUGGAUGCGCUGGACACGAUGCGAGCCGCGUGAUUGGAGCAUCUGCGGGUAGUAGACGCGGCUAUGGUGACGGUGGUGGCAAGCUUGAUGCUGGGUUGGAAGGUUUACGGUAUGAGGAGCAUCAGAGACUGGAGGCUUACUUUGUGGAGCUGGCUCGGAGUAGGCGCGCGGUUGCUGUUCUGACGGACGAGGACUAUAUCAGCAUUUUUGGGACUCCUCUCGUCGCCAGCGGAGACACUGGGUACACCCCGGCUGCUGCUACUACUGCUUCUGCUCUCGCCAUCAACACACAAACUAAUAACGUGAAGGCACUGGUGGCCGUACUCCAUGCCUCCGUAGAGCAAGGCGACGCUGAAGCGGUGAGGAACGUAUUGUCCUCACGAUACCAGCAACCCCCCGGAGAGGAGGUGGAAGACGCCGGGGGAGACGCAGAUGGAGACAGCGCCCAAAUAGAAGAAACACAGCCAAAGAGCCUGUUGGUGCCCGUCGACUCCGCUUGCCCUCGCACGGGGAUGUCGCCGUUGCUCAAGGCGGUGGAGGGGGGCUCGGCGAAGGCCGCGUUAUACGACGGAGACACAGCCCUGGAUCUUGCGAGGAGACUCAGCUGCAGUGAUACGAUCAUAGAGAUGAUAACACUUGCAUCGUCGAAGGUUCCCUCGUAACGGGGUCAUUGGUUCGCGUCGGUGCUGCGGUUCCAAUAUAGCAGUACUUUUUGUCGUGAGACGCG